GUUAAGAUGGCGCGUAAUAAACCUAAUCAAAUAAUUAGCGAUUUUAUUGAAAUGUAUCGAUCGGAACCUUGUCUUUGGCAAGUAAAGAGUCAUGAUUAUCAUGACCGUAUGAAAAAAGAUAAUGCAUAUACCAAAUUAGCAAAAAAAUUGGACGAAAUUGAACCUGGUGCUACGAAGAAAUCUGUUAUUAAUAAAGUGAACAGUUUGAGAUCUGCUUUUCGCAAAGAGAAAAAGAAAGUUGAAGCGUCAAAGAAGUCUGGAUCAUCAGCGGAUAGCAUUUACAAGCCGGCACUCUGGUAUUACGACUUGUUUGAUUUCUUGCAAGACCAAGACACUCCGAAGACAUCAAUUUCAAAUCUGGACAGUGAAGGUGAGGAGAUAAGAUAUGGAGGACUACAUCUUGAUUCAAGAAAUCAAGGCAUAUCUCUUUCGUUGUCAUCGCUAUAUGUGCAAAUCACACCGAUUUAG